AUGGAGAAAGGGAUCUUGUUGUUGCUGUUGGGGAUUCUGUUCGGGCUUCUAACGCUCACUACCGCCGAAAAUUCCUCCGUUAGGGGUCCGAUUUGUGUCACGAGGUCGCUUAAAGAUUACAUUUUAGGGUUUCGAGAUCAGACUUGUGCUAUUGGUGAUGAAUUCGCCGAGCGUCCUCAUUUUUUCGCCGUCACAGAGGGUGAUGAGCGUUGGUUGCAAAUAGCUUUGGAUAUGAUUCAUAAGAACAAGUGUGACUAUGUGGCGUUACUCUUUUAUGCAUCAUGGUGUCCUUUCUCAAGGUCGUUUAGACCGAGCUUUGAUGUCAUCUCUUCUCUCUACUCCUCAAUUCCUCACUUUGCAAUUAAGGAAUCAUCCGUUAAGCCAAGCACCUUAUCCAAGUAUGGAGUUCAUGGGUUUCCUACUCUCAUACUCUUGAAUUCAACAAUGCGGGCACGAUACAGAGGAACCCGAAUGCUUGAUUCUCUUGUUGCUUUCUACAGCGAUGUUACCGGGAUUGAAACGCUGGAUAAAGCUUCGCUCGAGAAAAGUGUAUUAGUUCCUAAUCUCGGGAACCAAAACAACACCGAGCCAGAGAACUGCCCUUUCACAUGGGCAAGAUCACCAGAGAACAUGCUUCGACAAGAGACCUACCUGACUCUUGCCGUUAUAUUCGUCCUGUUGAGAUUGCUCCACUUGGUUUUCCCUACGCUCGUCGUGUUUACGAAACUCGCUUGGAGACGGAUUGCUCAGAACAUGAGUCUAGAGAGCCUGCAAGAACAUACCGUCGGGUUUCUCAGCCGAGGUGUGCAACUAUGCAUGCAUCUUAAAGAGCCUUGCAAGAGGAGUAAUCUCCAGGGAGGAGCCAUGAACGCUAGAGCAUGGGCCUCUAAGUCUUUGGCCACUGUCUCAAUUGGAGAUUCGAGCUCAUCGAACAGAGGAAGUUCAGCUUCUCAGUGA